AUGCAUGCUGAUUGUAUCGCUUCGUCGCUCGACAGCAUGUCCCUCGCUACGGAGAGGACGGAUAAGGCUGCAGUGGGCGCUAAAGCAGGCGCGAUCGAGCGGCACCCCGAAAGGCGAUUCAAGGCCGCUUUCGAGGCGUACAAGGAGCGCGAAAUGCCAAGGAUCAGACAAGAGCGUCCUGGCUUGCGCAAGAAUCAGUACGAGAACGAGCUGCACGACGAGUUCAAGAAGCAUCCCGACAAUCCGUUCAAUCAAUUGCAGGUGUCUUACGAUGCUACCCAAGAGGAAAAGGUCGAGGUGCUCGCCAAGCAAAGGGAGCUCAACGAGAAGCGUCUUGCUGGUGCUUAG